AUGAGAUUACACUCCAUUCUAGGCCUCGUUGGCCUGGGAUACCUGGCGUCAGCCUCGAAUCUGCAUGCUCGAAACUACGAAGCGCAAGACUACUACGUCCUUCACCUCGAUCCGACAACUCCUCCAUCACAAGUUGCAGUCAAAUUGGGCUUGACGCAUGAGGGCCCGUUGGGGGAGCUACAAGAUCACCAUGUCUUUUCAUGCCAUAAGCAGGAAGAAGACGUGGUACACACGGCUUUGAAGGAACGACGACGCCGGAAGCGGUCAAUUGGAGGAUACGAUGUCCUCGAUGGAGUCAAACUUGCACAGAAACAGAAGCUGAAGGCUCGUAUGGAGAAGAGGGGGAUAAUACCGCCUCGGCCGGCAGGAUAUGCUUCUCCGAUUGAAGAGAGGCAGACCCCUGAAGAGGCCGCUGUGGCAAAGCAGGCCUCAGUUGCAGCGGCUUUGGGUAUUCAAGAUCCCAUUUUCAAUGAGCAAUGGCAUCUUUUCAAUCCGGUCCAGAUCGGCCAUGAUGUUAAUGUUACCGAUAUCUGGAUGCAGGGCAUCACAGGUCACAAUGCGACUGUGGCAAUCGUGGACGACGGGCUGGACAUGUACAGCGAUGAUUUGAAGGACAACUACUUUGCCGAAGGGUCAUACGAUUUCAAUGAUAACCAACUCGAACCGAAGCCGGUACUGUCCGACGACAAACAUGGAACACGUUGCGCAGGAGAGGUCUCGGCUGUCAAGAAUAAUGUUUGUGGUGUUGGCGUUGCAUGGGACUCUAAGAUUGCAGGCAUUCGAAUUCUGUCUAAAAUGAUCACUGACGCCGACGAAGCUAUUGCUAUGAAUUACGCAUAUCAAAAGAAUCAAAUCUAUUCGUGCUCAUGGGGUCCACCAGAUGACGGCAGAUCUAUGGACGCUCCAGGAAUACUCAUCAAAAGAGCUAUGCUCAAUGCUGUCCAGAAUGGACGAGGUGGCCUGGGUUCAAUCUAUGUGUUUGCUUCUGGAAAUGGAGCUAUGAACGAGGACAACUGCAAUUUUGAUGGGUACACAAACAGCAUCUACAGUAUCACUGUGGGGGCUAUUGACCGAAAAGGGCUUCAUCCAUAUUAUUCUGAGAAAUGCUCAGCCCAAUUGGUUGUGACCUACAGCAGUGGCAGUGGGGAUGCUAUUCACACCACAGACGUUGGCACCAAUGCUUGCUACUCUGGACACGGCGGAACUUCAGCUGCAGCACCACUCGCAGCAGGGAUCUUUGCUCUCGUCUUGCAAAUCCGGCCAGACUUGACCUGGCGAGACAUGCAAUAUUUGGUCAUGCAGACUGCCUUGCCGAUCGAUCUCGAGACGGGCGAGUGGCAAACAACUAGUAUAGGACGAAAGUUCAGUCACACUUUUGGAUACGGAAAAAUCGACACUUGGGCUACAGUUGAAGCUGCCAAGACUUUCCAGAACGUCAAACCUCAGGCGUGGUAUUAUUCACCUUGGAUCCAUGUGAAUCAAGCUAUUCCUCAAGGUGAUCAGGGCUUGGCUGUCUCUUUUGAAGUCACAGCAGAUAUGUUGAUGGCUGCUAAUGUUGAGCGUCUCGAGCAUGUCACUGUUUCCAUGAAUAUUGACCACAAACGAAGAGGUGACUUGAGCGUUGAUCUCGUCAGCCCUGAUAAGGUCAUUAGUCAUCUUUCUGUCACUCGUCGACUAGAUACCGCCGCUGAAGGUUAUAAUGAUUGGACUUUCAUGUCUGUUGUUCACUGGGGCGAGUCUGGUAUCGGUACAUGGACAAUUAUUGUCAAAGACACGGUGGUCAACGAAUUUAACGGUACUUUCAUUGACUGGCACCUGAAACUUUGGGGCGAGUCUAUCGACGCUUCAAAGGCAACCCUACUGCCAAUGCCAUCUGAACACGAUGAUGAUAACCACGACCUAGUCGUCUCAACCACCACAAUUGCAGGUGCCACGACAUCCGUGACCCCAGUAGCCACACCAACGUCUCUCAUGGCCAAUCCCACCGACCAUCCCGAUCGUCCUACUAAACCCACAGGCACAACGGAUGAAGAGACCAGCGCUACCGCAACCAGCUCUCCUGCUGCUACAACCAGUGCUUCAAGUUGGCUCCCAUCAUUCUUCCCCACUUUCUCUUCAAAGACUCAGUUCUGGAUUUAUGGUGCUGCAGCAUUAAUCCUUAUCUUCUGCUCGGCCCUUGGCAUUUAUCUCUACAUGGCCCGCCGCAAGAGACUUCGUAACAACCCCCGCGAUGAAUGGGAAUUCGACCUCCUCGAAGAAGAUGAGACCGAAGGUCUCACAGGCGGCGGCAAGAAAGGCACUAAGAAAGGAGGCAAGCGCCGAGCAGGCGAGCUCUAUGAUGCCUUUGCUGCAGGAAGCGACGAGGAGAGCGAAGAGUAUCUCGAUGAAGGCGGUGAUGAGAGAGAAAAGAAGCUCUAUGAGAGCGAUGAUGAGGGAAAGCAUGUCAUUGGUGAAGACGAGGAUGAGGAGGAGGGUGAUCACAAUGAGAAGAACCAGGGAGAGCAUUUGUUGCGAAAGUAA